UAAAAAACAAAAAAGAAGAAGAGGGAUUUAACCGGCUCGCGCAUCGUUCCGCAGCCUACAAUUAUUCGUGUUCAUGUAUUUUCUUCAAAUACAACAAGUACAAACCAUGAGAUGGCAUUCAAAGGCAAAGCGGUCGACUCGAAGACCGUCCUCUCUAACCUGCUGCUCUGUCUGGUGAUAUUUUACUCUCUUUUCUACAUGAUUGGGAGUGUGUGCUUCGGUGCGUUCAGGUUGGAUCACUUUGACGGAUUAAUUCCGUUCGACUUUAAGACCAAACUUUCUGAAUCCAACUCCAAAUACUUGGUGAACCUGCUGUCCUUGGAGCUCACCUACUUUUGCAGCGGCCUCUUUUUUGCUGCAGUGGUGAAGAGGAGGGUGUGGGACUACGCCCUCACGGUCACACUUCUGCAUGUUGUGAUCAGCAGUCUAGUUAUGUGGGAGUUUCCCACGGAGUGGCAGUGGUGGCUGGCUUUAGGUAGCGGCUUGUUUCUGAUGAUAUGCAACGGUCAGCUGAUUGCAUACUUCACCUGCCAGAGUGACCAGAGCUACGUCUCCUUCAGUAUCUACUGACAGAGAGCCGCACGGUGUAUGAAAUGUUUCGAAGGCCGGUCUUUUGAAGUGAUGUGAAAAGGGUCCGACCGGGUCCUCUCAUCCUGGAGACACCCACUUGGUUCUCAAAAGUGAUGGGCUUUUUGUGUUUGUCACUAAAAUCAGACUCCACACCAUCACACUUCAGGCUAAACUGGUUUCAAUUUGUGUUUCAGUAUUUGGUUUUAUGUAAAUGCCACAAACGGAUGUUCCCUGGAUAUUGAUCGUGCUGCACAAUGUUACUGAGCAGGUUUUACAGCAGCCUGUAAAGUAUUUUUCGUUUGUAUGCUGUGAAUGUAAAACCGAACAGGAAACUUGCAAUGUUUGUUUUAAAGAUAAAUGCUAUGCGUUUAAACAUAAAGCUGCUCCAGAUUGAGUUUAUCCUUCCUUUAAAAAAAAUGUAAACGUUUAUGAUAAAUUAAAACAACAAAUAUUUUUUAACAUGCUACCAGAGGAUUCAGUGUUGUUCUGAAACCGUCUCUGCUGCCACCAUCUCCACCAGGUUCAUGAAGGUGAAUCCUGGAAAUGCCACCAGACAUCGCUCAUUCACAGAGGCACAGACAGACUCUGAGUCAAUGCAGCAGAUAUCACAGGGGCCAGUCCAAAUAGUCAAAAGAAAUAAAUACACUCCAGUACACGGCCAAUUGAUUAAAACCGAUAAUAAAUGCCCUCCAUUUCCUAAUCACUCCUACCACUUGCUCCUCCUGCCAUGGGCAUUUCUGCAGGGUAUAAAACCGCCCUGAUUUCAGGAAAAGACCUGUUCCUGAAGGUAGUAGAAAAGCUGUGAAUAAACCAAUAAUUGGUUGAAUCUUUAAAACAAAAUUGUGUAUGUAUGAUGAUGACAUUGCUGUUUUCAACAUUUAAAUGGGAAAAGAGUUGCUAGAGAAUUAAAAACAUGGUUUUGGUUG